AUGUGUGUCAUCGGAUUCCUCCACCUGGUCCGGCAACAAACAUUUGCGGGUUUACUUAGAUAUAUGGACAGGCGACCACGCUGUCAGCUACAGCGAAGUCGCGAAUCGGGACAAACUGAACGAACUACAGUUGCGUGUGCGUCAGCUGUUGGAUCAAGUUCAAGGUAUAGAAAAAGAUCAAAACUAUCAACGA